AUGCCAGCCCUAUAUGCAGCGCUAGCCCGAAGGGUGGAAACCGCCCCGCAUCAACUUGCCAGCCGUGGCUUGACCGUCAACCAUACGCAGGCCGUGACCCUGGGGGUGAUGGCCGUCUAUGUCGUCGUGAUCGCACUUUUAUGGAAUCUACCCUAUGUUCGCUGGUCUCUAUGGCCCUUUAAAAUGUUGGUGAUUGCCUUCCAUGAGUUCGGUCAUGCGAUCACGGCUUGUUGCACCGGUGGAAAAGUCAAGUCCAUCUCUCUCGAUCCUCACGAAGGUGGUGUCACCCACAUGCAGGGUGGUAUCAGUGCGAUCACCCUGCCCGCUGGUUAUCUCGGCUCUUCGAUCAUCGGUGCCCUCCUCAUCUUUGCUGGAUUUGACAUUGUGGCUAGCAAGAUCGCCAGCAUUGUUCUGGGUGUUUGCUUCUUGCUGACACUCUGGUGGGCAAGACGGGACUGGCUGACCAUUAUGACUAUCAUCCUUGCCGUUGGGUUAUUGGUGGCAUGCUGGUUCAUUGCCCACGGUGAAGCCCUGCGCUGGGUCGUGCUCUUCAUCGGCGUCAUGUCCGCUUUAUACAGUGUCUGGGAUAUUUGUGAUGACCUCAUCCUGCGCAAAGUGAACACCUCCGAUGCCAGCGUCUUCGCCAAGAAGUAUGGUGGUUCCUCCCAGUGCUGGGGUGUCAUCUGGUCCUUGAUCUCCCUCGGCUUCAUGGCUAUUGGUAUCAUCGGUGGUAUCGCGGCCUUCCCUGAGUCAUUCAGUCAACAAGAGUCCGACUCCAAGCAUUUCAUUCCAACUCGUUAA